AUGGACAACCUACCAUGGGUGGAGAAAUACAGGCCGAAGAAGCUGGACGACAUUGUGCAUCAGACGAACGCGGUGUCCAUGCUGAAGGAGGUGGUGCGGACGAAGAACAUGCCGCAUUUGAUCUUCCACGGGCCCCCAGGCACAGGAAAAACCUCGGCUAUCAACGCUUUAGCGCAUGAAUUAUUUGGAAGGGACAACAUAAGCGAACGUGUGCUGGAGUUAAACGCGUCAGAUGACCGAGGGAUAAAUGUGGUGAGGGAAAAAAUAAAAGCGUACACAAGAAUAAGUAUAAGUAAAAAUAAAAUAAACAGCGAGACCAAUGAAACCUUGCCACCAUGGAAGUUAGUCGUUUUGGAUGAAGCAGACAUGAUGACAGAGGAUGCACAAUCAGCCUUGAGAAGAAUAAUAGAAAUAUAUUCCAACGUAACAAGGUUUAUAUUGAUAUGUAAUUAUAUUCACAAAAUUUCUGACCCGAUAUAUAGUAGGUGUUCCUGCUACAGAUUUCAAGGCAUUCCAAUUGAUGUAAAGAAAGAGAAGUUACUUUAUAUAUGUAAAAGUGAAGGGAUUAACAUUUUAGACGAUGCUUUGGAUAAAAUUAUCGAGACAACUCAAGGGGAUCUGAGAAGAGCAGUGUCCAUUUUGCAACUCUGUUCAUGUAUUGACCCUAUGAUAACACUGGAAUCUGUGUUGGAUGUGUCCGGUUUGCCAGCAGAUGAUAUUAUUUCUAAAAUUAUUGAUGCGUGCAAAAUGAAGGACUUGAAAAAUGUCGAGAAGGCUGUGCAGGACGUCAUUGAGGAUGGGUACGACGUUGCGUACAUUUUUAAAUCGCUUAACAAUUACUUUGUUAUGAAUACAGAGUACCAGGAUUCUGUGAAGAGCCAAAUUCUGUUGGAGCUGUCCAGGAACGAUUAUCGCCUGCACAGCGGCGCCACGAAGUACAUCCAGCUGAUGAGCUUCGCUUCGUCUGUGCAUUCGCUGUUGAACGCGGCGUAG